UGGAUUGGUCCCUUUAACGUAGGGGGCGUGUCCUAGCACGUCUGGGCGCCGCGGAGGAGGGACCCGCCAGAGAAUCGCUGGCAGGACGCGUGGACGCUCGCCAUUAGCUCACGUGGCUUGAGGUCAGCCUCCGUAGUUCCCUGUCGAACUCCGAGGCUCCUUCGGGAGAGUUGCUGCUUCUGUAUCCUGGAAUCUGUGUCAGCGGUGCGGUGGCCUGAGCCCUGGAUUUGGAUUUAGAGGGAAUCAGGCGUGGACACUCCUUAGUUCCAGUGUGAAUUGGGCCAAAUUCAAAAGUUAUCCACCAUGGCAGUGCCUGAGUCACGUCCCAACCACACCAUUUAUAUAAACAAUCUCAAUGAGAAGAUAAAGAAGGAUGAACUGAAGAAGUCCCUUUAUGCCAUCUUCUCCCAGUUCGGCCAGAUUUUGGACAUCCUGGUAUCAAGAAGCCUGAAGAUGAGAGGCCAAGCUUUUGUCAUCUUCAAGGAGAUCAGCAGUGCUACCAAUGCACUGAGAUCCAUGCAAGGAUUUCCCUUCUAUGACAAGCCCAUGAGAAUCCAGUAUGCCAAGUCAGACUCGGACAUUAUUGCCAAGAUGAAGGGCACAUAUGUGGAGCGCGACCGGAAGCGGGAGAAGAGAAAGCCCAAGGGCCAAGAAACCCCUGCAGUCAAGAAGGCCGUUCCAGGUGGGGCAGCGGCCCCUGUUGUGGCUGCUGUCCAGCCUGUUCCAGGGAUGCCACCCAUGACCCAGGCGCCUCGAAUCAUGCACCAUCUUCCAGGGCAGCCACCUUAUAUGCCUCCUCCUGGCAUGAUCCCCCCACCUGGUCUGGCCCCUGGACAGAUCCCACCUGGUGCCAUGCCCCCACAGCAGAUGAUGCCUGGACAGAUGCCUCCUGCCCAGCCGCUGUCUGAAAACCCACCCAACCAUAUCCUGUUCCUCACCAACCUGCCAGAGGAGACCAAUGAACUCAUGCUGUCUAUGCUCUUUAAUCAGUUUCCUGGCUUCAAAGAGGUGCGUCUGGUGCCUGGGCGUCAUGACAUUGCUUUUGUGGAGUUUGAUAAUGAGGUGCAGGCUGGGGCUGCCCGAGAUGCCCUGCAGGGCUUCAAGAUUACCCAGAACAAUGCCAUGAAGAUUUCUUUUGCCAAGAAGUAGCCCUGUCCCUGUUGGUUCCCCUCUCCUCCCUCUCCUUCCUCCCUUCUUUCCUUCCAGGGCGGCCCUCCCCUGGCUCCUCUGCUUGGGGCUGUCGUACCCUGAAGGUAAGUCCCUGCUACCCCCUCCCAGCUGUAGCGUGAGUGUGCCUACCUUGUAUGCCUGCGCCUCAGCAUUGUACCCAGAGUCUGCCCUACAGACAUUGCACCUGGAGCUGUGGGGCGAAAAUAAAAUGUUGGAAGUCUUGGUUUUUUCACAA